AUGUCAGGUGAGUUCAAUGGGUUGAAAGCUUUAAUUCUUAGAGAGAACCCGCAUGCUAUGUAUGUUCAUUGCUUCGCUCACCAGCUUCAGUUGGCAAUUGUAUCUGUGACACGUAGGAAUUGUAUGGUUGGUGAUUUUUUGGACGUACUUGCUAUUAUUGUGAAUUUGGUUGGUGCAUCAUGUAAGCAUGUAGAUGCUCUUCAAAUAAGUUAUCAAUCUAAAAUUCUGGAGAAACUUAAUACUGGGGAACUUACUGAUGGAAGUGGUCAGUUUCAAGAAAUGAGUUUGGCAUGCCCAGGUAAUACUAGAUGGGGCUCACAUUUAUUGACAAUUACUCAUUUCAUUAAUAUGUUUAAUGCUAUUAUAGAUGUUCUUAAGAAUAUAUCAGAAGAUGGCGUACAUUCAGAUAAAAAAUCUUCGGCCUUAAGACAGAUGAACAAUAUGCAAGAUUUUGAGUUUGUGUUCAGUCUUCACUUUAUGUUUGAAAUUCUUGCAAUUACAGACGACCUUUCACAAGCCUUACAGAAAAAGGAUCAGGAUAUUCAGAAUGCUAUGAGAUUAUUGAAUUUGUGUAAGUGUGCAUUGCAGAACUUGAGAGAGAAUGGCUGGGAUACUUUGUUCAGUAGGGUGAUUGAGUUUUGUGUUGAUAGAUAUAUUUUAGUGCCUAAUAUGGAGGAUAUUGUAGUGGUGAAAGGUCGACCUAGGCGUGUAGCUCAACAGGUGACUUAUUGUCAUGUGAUAGACUCAAUCUUGCAAGAGUUGAAUGAUCGAUUUUCAGAAACAACUACUGAGCUCUUUACUUGCAUUUCAUGCUUAAGUUCAAGAGAUUCAUUUGCAGCUUUUGAUGAGGAUAAAUUGCUACGUCUUACUCAGUUCUAUCCUUUGGACUUCAAUAGUGAAGAACUUUUAUUACUUAAACCUCAGCUUGAUAAGUUUCUUUUGCUUGUGAGAAUGAACGAAGCUUUCUUUAAUCUCAAUAGUAUAUCCUGUGUAGCUCAGAAAUUGAUUGAAACUAGAAGUUCCUGUUAUUUUCCAUUGGUUUAUAGGCUGCUCGCCUUGGCUUUGAUAUUAUCUGUGGCAACUGCAAGUGUUGAAAGGGUAUUUUCUGCUAUGAAUCUAAUCAAGAGUGAUUUGCACAACAAAAUGGGUGAUAUCUGGUUGAAUGACAAUUUGGUGGUUUACGUGGAGAAAGCUAUUUUUAAACAACUUGAGAAUGAGGCAAUAUUGCAACGUUUUCAAAUUAUGAGACCCCGUAGAAUACAGUUGUCUAAGUUUAUAGUUACAGAGUAA